AUGCAAUUCAGAACUCUUGCCCCACUUGCUUUGGCUUCCGCUGCUUUCGCUGCUUACUCUAACGGUACCGUCUCCACUGUCACCUACGAGACCACCGUCGAGGAGGUUGUCACUGCUUUGACCACCUACUGCCCAGAGCCAACCAGCAUCGUUACCAACGGUAAGACCUACACUAUUACCGGUGCUACCACCUUGACCAUCACUGACUGCCCAUGCACCAAGUCCGAGGUCAUCACCACCACCACUGUUACCACCUGCCCAGAGUCUUCUGCUGCCAGCUCUUCCAAGGUUGCUCCAACCUCUUCCGCUGUCACCAUCUCUACUGCUGAGAACGCUGGUGCCAAGGCUGGUGCUGCUGGUUUGGCUGCUGUUGCCGGUGUUGCUGCUUUCUUGUUGUAA